AUGUUGACUAAGAUCUUCCUCGUUGCCGUAGCGGUUGCAGCAGUUGCUGCGCAAAACCAUCUCCACCACGGUCAUGAUCAAGGUCAUGCUUAUUCGUCUCAGAGCAUUGUUCUUCAUCAAACACAUGAAAAUAAGCACGCUCCAGUCCAUCACGAAGAACAUACAAAUGAACACCACGAGCAACAACACCAUGGGCACCAUGAGGAACAUCAUGGUCAUCAGGAACACCACGGUCACCAUGAGGAACACCAUGGUUCCACGCCGACGUAG